AUGGACAGAGGACCAGCAGCUUCACCAUCGACUAUAAAGCCCAUAAACAAGGGCGUCGUGCAUAGAAUUUGUGCUGGUCAAGUUAUUUUGGACCUUUCCUCCGCCGUCAAGGAGUUGGUUGAGAACAGCUUGGACGCCGGCGCCACCAGCAUCGAGGUUUCGCUCAAAGACUAUGGCGCUGAAUCCUUCCAGGUUAUCGACAACGGUUGUGGCAUCUCGCCUCACAAUUUCAAGGCCUAUGCUGUUAUUUCUAAGGGAGUCAGAAUAGUUUGCACCAACACAGCUGUAAGAAAUGCAAAGUCUGUAGUUCUGAAGACUCAGGGAAGUGGAUCCCUGAAAGAUAACAUCAUAACAGUAUUUGGUAUGAGUACCUUUACUUGUCUGGAGCCUCUUAAAGUAUGUACUUCUGAUGGUUGCACAGUUGAAGGAUUCAUUUCCAAGCCUGGUUAUGGUAGUGGACGCAAUAUAGGGGAUCGACAAUACUUUUUUGUGAAUGGACGGCCAGUAGAUAUGCCAAAAGUUGGCAAGCUUGUCAAUGAGUUGUACAGAGGUGCAAACUCUCGACAAUAUCCCAUUGCAAUCAUGGACUUCACGAUCCCACCCAGAGCAUUUGAUGUCAACGUAACUCCUGAUAAAAGAAAAAUAUUUCUGUCCGAUGAAGGCUCCAUAUUGCAUUCUUUGAGAGAAGCUUUAGAGAAGAUAUACUCAUCAAAUCAUGCUAGUUAUGCUGUUAAUAGUUUCCAAGAGGUUUUUGAAGAAAAACAUACAUCCACUCAUUCCCAACUCGAGGCCUUUCAGUUUCAAUCCAAGCAAUUAUUGUCAGAUAGCGAUGAUACUCAGGAAGGUGACUGCAUUGGGGAGCUACAUAAAGAUGGCCACUAUCUCAAAAAACCUCUAAAGGAAUUAAAAGAUACUUCUGUCACGGGCAUGUUAAAUGAUGGAAACAGGUCAACAGAGAAACACUUCAGUCUUCGAUUCCAUGGAAAGAAGAAAGACAAUCGCAGUUCCAGAAGUCCCUGGAAGGAAGUCGGAGGUCUGAUUACUGCUGAUGGACAAGCACUCACCCCAGGAUCAAAAGAUAAAAGCUGUAUCGAUAAUGCACAUUAUGUGGAUCAUGCAACCAUUGUCCAGUCAUCACUCACCAAAUUUGUUACAGUAAAUAAGAGAAAGCACGAGAGUAUGGGUACUGCAUUAUCUGAGGUACCUCUCCUGAGAAAUAGAUCGACUGUAUGUCCUUCAGGAGAAGACAAUUAUUUGAAGGAUACGACAUCCUUAAGAUCUCCAGAUAAUCCAGUUAAGGCUGAUAAGUGUGAUGAAUUAACCAGUGAUAAGUCUGGAUCUUCCAAGUUCACAAAGAUAGAUAGAUUUCUUCAUCAAGUGAAGCAGUCAAGAACGGACACAGUCCUUGAUCAAACAAAUAAUUUAAUUCGGCCUGGAAAUAGUAUACAAAAUGGAAAAUUUGAGGAGGAGCAUGAGGUUCAAAUGAACGAGUUAUGUGUGACUGAAUCGGUGCUUGUUAAUUCUACUUGCAACAACAUUCACGAUGUGUCAGAAAAUAUGGUAGAUGCUGUUUCUUUUGAACAGCCUGCUAGUCUGACUUUGGAUGCUCCUAAGGCUUCAUCUGAUUUAAAGAUUGGUUCGACAUUGCAAUUUAGUGUGAACGACCUCAUAUCAAGAAGGAAGCAGAGACUGUCAAGAUUGCAACUCCUUAAUCGUACAUCUCAAAGAAUGAAAACAAAAAUGGAUUAUGCUGCAGCUACCCUGGAGCUCACCGAAUCAGAAAAUGAAGUGGCCAAGGAAAAGGCUUUGAUUGCUGCUACCAGUGAGCUGGAGAGACUUUUCAAGAAAGAAGAUUUUACUAAAAUGAAGGUGAUUGGGCAAUUCAAUCUUGGAUUCAUUAUAGGCAGGUUGGAUGAGGACCUUUUUAUUAUUGAUCAGCAUGCUGCAGACGAGAAGUAUAAUUUUGAGCGUCUGUCACAGUCAACUAUCUUGAAUCAGCAACCUUUGCUUCGGCCCUUGAAGAUGGAGUUAUCGCCUGAAGAAGAAAUAGUUAUUUCCAUCCACAAUGAUACUUUUAGGAGAAAUGGAUUUCUAUUGGAAGAGGAUCUGCAUGCUCCUCCAGGGCAUCGAUUUAAGCUAAAAGCAGUUCCCUUCAGCAAAAAUAUAACUUUUGGAGUCGCAGAUGUGAAAGAACUCAUUGCGAUUCUUGCCGAUAGUCAGGAAGAAUGUUCCAUGAUGGGUACUUAUAAAGACGAUACUGCCAAUUCACUAUGUCCUCCUAGAGUUCGUGCAAUGUUGGCAUCACGUGCCUGCAAAUCAUCUAUUGUUAUUGGAGAUCCACUUGGGAGAAAUGAGAUGCAAAAGAUACUUGACAAUCUAUCACGACUCAAGUCUCCGUGGAAUUGUCCACAUGGUAGACCAACAAUGCGUCACUUGGUUGAUCUGAGGACUGUACAUAGAAGAAUAGAAGCGGAUGAGAAUGAGACCGCCUUAUAAACUCCAGUUGGUAACACAGCCACCAAACUGAAGCGGGUACUUCUUUCUGUAAAUUAUUGGAAACCUGUAAAUCAAGGCUGCAUUUUGCCUAGAAUUAUCAAAAUGUCGAGGAAUUAAUUGAGAACACAGAAAGGGUCUUUUGCUUUCCAUCUACUUCGUUUUAUACAUUCCUUUUUUCGUUUUUGUUUAAAGAGCGAUCUUUAUUACUUACCUUUCUUGCAAACACUUUAUCUUGUUCCUUUAACGGUGUUUAUUUCUUUGUUUGUUCGAUUUUCUCCAUUUCCACAAUGAGCAGGAGGUUUAAUUAACUGAUUGAGUGGAUUCUCAAGUUACACUUCCUUGAAAUGCGCAAGUAUGGAAGGCUGAAACUGUGCCAACAAUUGCUUGCCAGAAAGAGAAUUUAUUGUGUCACCAGUCAGAUGAAGAGUCAAUGAGCCAAAGCCUUGAUCUUAAAUUAAUUAAAAUCUGUUAAGAAACUUAGCUCAAAGUAAUAAUAUAAAACAAGAAAAUAGACAAGAAUGUAGGGAGCAGGAGAUGAGAGAUUCUUAUUGAAAUAUGUACAAUGUGAUGCCCAAACCCUAUAUUUAUAGGAUGAUAUUUAGGUAAUACAAAGGGAUGUCAUGGUAAAUUUUGAGAUAAUGGGGAAAGAUGAUGGAGGAGGUUAUGGAGGUGUGGGAGUUACAACCAUAAUGGUAAGAAGUAGUGAGAGGUUAAUAUAGAAUAUUAGAAGGAGUAACUUCUUUAGGAGACAUCCACUACAUAAUAUAAUAUUUCAUAACACUCCCCAUUGGAUUUCUAUAGAUAAUGUG